CUUACUGCGCCUAGCCACCCCGACCUCGCUCGUUAUUGAGCCGGAUCGACUCGAACAAAAACCGAACCUGACGUCUCGUGAGAAGAGCCGCCGCAAGCCGACACCCAGACAGCAUGUCCACCGCAUCGGGGAGCGUUUCGAACGCUUCGCCGCCGGCCCCGCGCAAUGCCCAAGCACAGCAUACGCGCACGUAUCAGGCCUGCAUUCCGUGUAGGCGCCGCAAAGUCCGGUGCGACCUGGGCCCCGUCGACAACCCUCACGACCCACCGUGCGUCCGGUGCCGUCGCGAGAGCAAAGAGUGCUUCUUCUCCGCGACCCGCCGCAAGAGGAAGACGGAUGGCAGCGGCGACUUUGAGGAGAUCGACGACUACGAAAUCCGCAACGGCCGAAAGCGAGUGCGCGCCGACGAUGGCACGCCAGAAGCCCGGCCCGCACCCCUCCAGAUCAACGGCGCGAACGGCAGCACAUAUGUCUCCCAGCCUCUGACUCCUGGUGGCUCUAUAGGCCGCUACGAGCCCUUGCGCCGACCGACGACCGCUACGAACCCGUCGCACAACGAAGAAGAGGACUUUAAGUUGAGCAAUGCGACCGCGGCCAUGCUCCAGCAACACGAGGUGUACAGCGGCCACGAUGCGCUGAACCUGCUGUUCGAAGCAGCGGGGCGCACCGGCGAUAUAACUGAAGGACACCAUAGGGCGGACAGCAGUGGGAGUCUCCAUCGCCCAGCGUUAGGUCCCGGCAGCACACCCGGCUCGCAGACGAACUUCGCGAGCCCGCAAGCGACUGCGACACACGGAUUCCAGGCGAAGAACCCGUCGCGGGCCGCUGCAGAGCCGUCGGUAGAUCCGAAUAUCUCGCCGCCGUAUCCCGCCGUGCCGGAUCCACCGAACGAGGCUACCUUUGCUGAAGCCGUCAAAGCCUGGUCGAAGUUCCGCUUCGUCCGUGCGGGCUGGCUCACUGCUAAGGAAGCUGUGCGAUACAUGGACUACUUCUACACGUACCUCUCGCCGUUGACGCCGAUCGUGGUGCCGGACUACCGCGACCAUGCCCUUCACGCGAAGAUGCUCAAAGAAGAGCCCAUGCUCGUGAUGACCUUGCUGACCAUUGCGUCCCGGUUUAGGACACCGGAGCAUCCAAGCGGCCCUGGCGCACUCUCGCGCUCCUACCUGAUCCACGAGAAGCUUUGGAAGUACCUUCAAGGCAUGAUUGACCGCAUGAUAUACGGACAAGAGCAGUUUGGUGGAGGCUUCUGUGGUGCGGGGCAGCAACCCGGGUCCGACGUGAAUCCGCUCUCGCGCAAGGGUCUGAGGACGCUGGGCACGGUGGAGAGUCUCAUGCUGCUCACAGAGUGGCAUCCACGCGCUCUGCACUUUCCGCCAGGUGACGAUGACGAUGAGCUGGUCACGCCAGAUGACCUUUCGGACGGUAACCCCACGGCAAUCAACGGGCCGCUAUCGGACCUCUACAAGGGUGUCGGCGGUCAACGUAUCGAUAGCUGGCUCGAGCCCUGCUGGCGAAGCGACCGGAUGUGCUGGAUGUUGCUAGGAAAUGCCAUGUCUCUGGCCUUCGAGAUCGGUGUCUUUGACGACACGAGCGAGGCCGAAUUCGAGGAGGCAAACCGGCAUCUUUCCCACGCGACAGUCAAAGCGUACUUCCGGCGGAAGAACCAUCUGAAGGAUCUGCUCGUUAUAUACGUGACACAGACUAGUGGUAGGUUAGGACUCAGUUCGAUGCUUCCGAAGGUCGAGCGCGCGGAGGACCAGCUUUUACAGAGGACGCCGCUGGAGUUAUACCAGGAGCGCAUAGCUCGCAUCAAAGCACCCCCGCCCCAGUAUGGCAUGCGGCCGGAUGGACAGCGACUUCCGUUAGAGUCGAUUGCUACCCAGGAGCGCCAUGCUGUUCAAGACCUGGUCCUCGAUUUCUGGAACCGCAUUGCUAAGAUCAUGGAGAUGGGAAACCUGAAGCUCUUUCCGAAUCGACGUAGGACGCGGGAGUUGUUGAAGUCGGGCAAGUACGAGGAGCUGUUGAAGACCUUCCAGACCCCGCUCCACGACUGGAAGCGCUGCUUUGACCAGGCCCCGCAAGUCCCAACGCAACUUCGCCAUGUCCUGACGAUCGAAUUCGAGUAUACGCGCGUCUACCUGAACUCGUUAGCUCUGCAGGCAGUCGUCGAGCGGUGUACUCACAAUACGCCGUUGCAGUCGCAUGCCCAAGUGAACGGCGCUGGUCCAGCGAACUCGCGCAGCUCCGAUGGCGGAGCAAUUCCCUUCAGCACACUGGUGAAGUGGUACGGCAACGAUAGGCACCAUAUCCGCGAAGUCGUCGACGCAAGCCGCAACGUCCUCAAAGUGGUUGUCGACGGUUUGUUCCCGGACUAUCUUCGCCACGCGCCCGUUCGCACCUUCUUCCGCAUCGUGUCAGUAGCCAUAAUCUUGUUGAAGACGUUCGCCCUGGGAGCAACGGAAGACGAAGUGGCCAUAACUCUUAGCCUGCUGGACCGCGCCGUCUACGCGCUCCGCACGUCCAUCGUGGACGACGUGCACGUAGGCAACCGCUUCGCGGACCUGGUCGACACGCUGACUCACCGCAUCCGCGGCCGCUUCGUGCGCCUGGCUGCCAACGGCUCAUCGGGCAUCUCCCGCGCAGGUAGCCGCUCACCGCCGCGAACCCGCGCACAAACCCCCAUGAUGCCACCUCCGCCUCCGCUCCUGCCGCACCAGCAGCACCUCGCGCCCCCGUUCGGCGGCCUGUCCUACCAUCAACCUACCGGCUCCUCGGUGCCGGGCUCGCCUUCCCUCGGCAUCAGCGCCUCGGGCCGUGCGACGCCGAUCCCGAAUCAUCCUCUCUUCGGCAUAUCCAGCGAACCGUAUGACCCGAAUUCGAACAGCAUUUCCAUCAUGCCGCCACCGAGCUUCAACGUUAAUGGAUAUGGUAACGGCGGGGGUGGGAACUGGCAGACUCAGCAUUGGAGCCAGGCUGGUGGUGCGAGCAGUGCUGGAUACGAUCAGGAUUGGCUUGCGCUGCCGCUGGAUCCGCUGCUUGAUCAGUGGGGUGCCGAGAUCAAUCAGACGGCCAUGGGGCCUGAUGUCGGUGGGCUGGAUAUGCUCGAUAUCUUGCUGAAUAUGGGUGGGCCGCCAGGGAGCGCCUAGCCACGGCUUCGACAGACUUCACCGUCUCGAACCCCCAGUGCCCUUUCACUGCGGGUCCACGACACGUCCUUGGGACAUUUCUACCUAUAGGUACGUGAUUUUCCACUUCACUCUCUUCGCACGCAACGGGCGGAUGCAGUAUGACUUUGCUGCGUAUGAGAUACCCGGACUUCGGUUCUAUCUAUCUU